AUCAUGUUGCUGUACAAUGUCAUGAUAGUCAACAACUGGCAGGCCUUCCUGGAAGCAUACAGCAGACACACCACAGAGUGGUCGAAGAUCUACUUCGUGUGUUGGUGGCUCAUCUCCUCUGUCAUGUGGGUCAACUUGUUUGUGGCGGUCAUUUUAGAGAACUUCAUCUAUAAGUGGGACCGGAGUCACAGCUGCUCUAUUACAGAUGUGGAGAGGAUCAGAUAUGAAACCUCUGUUCAGCUCAUGUUCAGAGAGCAGAUCCAGGAGCCAACCGAAGAGGAAUUACGAUGUCAAUUAAACCAACACCCCCACUUACACCUACACUGGUGACACACACACACAGAGCACCAGCACCUACAUUCAAGUACAUUCACUUGCGAGUCAAGAGACUGCUACUAAUUUAGUCUAUUGUGUGGUAAAAGCACUGAGAUGUCAAUGUUAUAGCAUUCUACUUCGAGUGUAUUUUAAAUGUAUUAAUAUGUAUAUAAAUUACUUCUACUGAAACAAGUAUGGUAGCACGUGUUCUGAUUAUGUUAUUCAUGAACCACAAGUUGUGUGCCAAUUCCGUACAGAAAUGUUGUUCAGUGUCUAUUAAUGUCUUUGUAAUAACUGCACAAGAAUUUCAUGAAAACUGUGACUACAAAAAGCUCUGACCAAUUUAAAAUAUGGAAACUGGCACAUAGAGAAAGCAAUUCUAAAUUGCUCACUGUCUCACUAGAUUGAAAAAGUGAAGGUUGGGCAAGGUUUGUUUCUCCAAAGAACUAACGAUACACUGUAACAAUAUACACAAGAAUAUUCAUCCUGUGGUAAUCAGGCAGAAACCUCCUGUUCUGAAAAUUGAAGCCAAUGCAGAAAGUGCCUUAAACCUGCAUUCUUUCUAAUGGCCAUCAGGGGGCGACUCCUCAGGUUGU